AUGUACUUCGAGUACGGCUUCCCGACCGCUGCGCAGGUGACCCGAGUGUGCGGGGCAUCGCCGCAGGCACUAGGACUCAAGGCGGUCGAAGCAAUUUCCGAAGAAGGCCAGAAGAGCACUGGUUACAUCAUAUCCCUAGACGGGAUCAGCUUUGGUGACUACGUCUCCAUGCGCAAGCUCCGGGUCUUCCACGAGCUGCAGCUGAACUUGCAGAAGUUGUACGUGGAGCCAGAGCGACAGCUCACCCCGGCCCAAGGCAAAGAGUGGUACGACCACGCGGUGAAGAAGCUCUUCGCUGGCCGAGCCUCAGGCUUUAAGGUCAGUGGUCGCGCGGGGUUGUGGACAAUCCCAGAUCUGAAGCACGAGGCAGACGAGAUGGAGGCUGGUCAGGAGGGCGGAGAGCAAACACAGGCAGCUGCAGGAGACCUGAAUCCUCCGCAAAGCGAGGACGCGGACUUGCAGGCUUUGCAGAAUCUGGAGGAAGCUACAGUUCAGCACGGACUCGGCUUUGCUUCCUUUGCAGACCUCGAGGAUGGUGCGGAGGCAAAGAAGGCGGCAAAGAACAGAGGGAAAAAGCGCAAACAGCCUCUUGAAGAAGAGGCUGCCGCCAGCGAGGAGGACAUGAUGGCGGGCGACAACGGCGCCGAGUACCCCCCUGACGUGGAACAGGCAGACGACAAGGACAUGGUAGCUAUUACAAAACGCCACUUCCUGAUCACGGGCAAGGAAGCGCCGUGCUUGUGGAAUCUGCAAGCGGAGCGGAUCUUGAAGGGAGAAAAGUUGGGGAAGUCUGUUCAAGGCGCAAAAAGCUGCUUGAAGACUCUGGUGGCCCACAAGGCCAGGGAACAGCACGAGCUGCACGACCGAAUUGCCCGCGCGGAGGCUGCCAUGUCACUGAUGGGGGAGCCUCUGCGUGCCAUCCCGAAUGCUUCCUUCUUGAAAUUGAUCAUGGUUUUGCGAGAGGACCUCCCCGCGGCCCCGUUUGACUUGCGGAUCUCCAUCACAGGCAAGCUGGUCCAAGACCAGCUGAAUGAGGCGGUUCAGACAACAGACCGGAAAGAGGCUUUGCAGCUGGUGGAGGUGAUCGCAAAGCGCAUAGUGUUCCCUGUUUCCGCAGCCAACAGUGAGUCCGGCGUUGUCCGGAAGGUGCAGAUGAAGCCAUGUGAUGUUCAGCAGCCUAGCUUUGCACCGCUCCUGGAGGAUGUGAUGAAGCAGGCUUCCAGCGUUUCUACAGACGACGUAGACUUGGAUCUGUUCGGCGAGGAGACAGAGGAGAGUGGCCAGGGCAAGGAGCAGAAGGGCGAGAGUGGCCUGGAGAGCCACAUCAAGGCCCUUGCUGCAGAGAUCCUGGAAUGUCUGGUGAGCGACACGAUGAUCGACCUCUUUUGCAAGCUCGUGAAUGAAGAUCACCAGCGCCUGCUCCUGACCUUCUUCAAGAGUUUCCUGUCCUCCCUGCAAACCAACCCAAGCUGGGAUGAACUCCUCGGCUUUCCUUGCAUGCAGCCUGUGCGCGAUGCGGUGACCAGCUUCAAGCGAUUUGCGAGCUGUGUGCAUGAGUUGGUGCAGGCAGAUCAUGAGGUCCGGUCAUUUGAGGCCCUCCAGUAUUUCCUGAAAUACAAGGGCACAUCUCCUUGGGAGAGAACAAUCUGCAACAUCCUGACGAAGCCAGAGCGGAAGGAUGCAGCGGAUGAUGAGAAGCACGCGCGAGCCUUUCUUUUGGAUUUGGCUGAGGACGCUUUGAAGACAAGUGCAAGCACCCUCAAGUUCGAGCCCACUUUCCUCGUGUGCAUGCAGAAGCUGAAGGCACAGGUACCGAGCAUUCCAGACUUGAAGUUCGCGGCAGAGAACCUGUCGAGUUUCAAGGAAGGGCUUCGAAAGGGCCGAGCGUUGUCAAUGGAGCCGACGCUUGUUCACAAGCUCUCAGCGGUGGCAGCAAGUGUUUACCAGAGCAAGACGUGCGAGGACAUCGCGUCGGAGGAUGUUGAUUCUCUGCUGGCCCUGCUGAAGAGCUACUCGCAGCACAGCAUCUGCUUCGAUGCAUCCAACCUGCUCGUGCAAUGGGCCACCAAGCACAACUGCCGGCUUCACCAAGAGGCCCUUUCUCGAGUCUUAGGGACCUACUUGAAGCAGGUGGGUGAGUCUCCGGAGAAGGUUUCGCUCUUCGAGGUCAUGCCCUUGGAUGACAUCAAAGCAUUGACGCGAAAGGCUCGGCCACCCACCGACACCCAGAUUCCCGAGCCAUUGCGUGGUCGCCUUCUCGAAGCUACUGUGCACUUGCUGCAGCUGUCUGUUCACGAGGCGAAUGCCCACCUAGAUGAGACCAUUCGAGGAGCACCUCACUUGGCCAACGUGGCCCGGGCAUUUGCAAUGCUAGCCGGGCAUGCUCACGCCAAAGCCACUGGGGCCAUGUUCGAGUUCGUGUCUGCCGUUUCCCAGUAUCGCCUAGCAGAGCGGAUCUAUGCUGCACGCGGCGGAGACGCAGAGGAGCGUGCUAAGAACGAUGCCAAGCACGCUUCCCUCAUCGCCGCGGUGGAAGGCAUCGGGAAGGUUCGGGAGACCUUUGCCUCCAUGGAGAAGGCACUUGGGCCAGAGAGUGGGCUGCCUGACAUCGACCUCAGCGAUUUGGCAGCUGUCCGCCACUCCCCUGAGCAAGCCGUGUUGUGUGUCAACUUCAAGCACUUCGUUGCAGGUGAGCGCUCCAUCCUAAAGUCUGAGGUUCUCAGCGAUGCGGUGAGCUUUGCGGCGACAAAGAAGGGCAACGACAUGCGCAGCUUGAUGGCAUCCCUCGACAAGGAAUCCGCGGGCUUCGCCGGCGACAAGUCUUGGAAGGACACUUUGUCAGGCGAUGCUGAUUUGGCUCAGGUGCUCGAAGCAUACGAGACGGUUUUGAAGCCAGUUGUGCAGUCUAGUGGUUUGAAGUCGAAGUUGGACGAGCUCCUGGAGGGAGUCACUGAUGCCCGAGAUUUCGCGGAUCGUGUGAACCGGGCAGCGGGUGACUUGAUGAAUGAUGAACUUCGGGCCCUCGGCGACGAGUGCACCGAGGCCACGAAGAUGGUCAGAGCUGGCGGGGCAAUCUUUACGGAGAUCGUGUUGUCAGUGGCCUUGAAAAGCAUGAAGGAGCGGGCAAGUGAUCUUCAGGCAGUGCAGAAGGCCAAAGGCCUCGUUUCCGGGCAAGUCUCGCCUUUGAGGACGGGUAGCAACAAGUACGCAGUGGGCCAGGAAGACAUCCACCCUGUGUUGUAUGAGCAAGCAGUUGCCGCCAUGCAGUGA